AUGAGCGCUCCAGCGACGCCAAGAGCUUGUGACCGAUGCUACUCCCUGAAGGAUCGAUGCUCCUGGAAGACGAACGCUACAGCCUGCAAUCGAUGCGUCCGCCUGCAGAAAAUCUGCAAGAGUCUUCGUCCUUUGCAUAAACCCGGAAAUGACCGCGAACUUCAUACUUCACCGGAAUCAUGUCAACCACAACAUUACACCAUCGCGAAUCUACCCAGAACCCAAUCACUCGACUCAAUUUCAAUACUCAACGGCCUCGAUUCAAGAGAACAUCGUCUUUUAGAGUUGACUUUCACCGAUGAACUUCUUCAAUGUUUGGUAGUCAGUCCAAGUUUCGUCAAGGUUCACCACAACACGAUACUAAACCUUGUGAAACUCUCUCUCCCUAUCUUGAAUGGGGCAUGUCUCGCUGUGGCUGCCUGGUUUGCCUAUGACCGUAAACUGGCCCUUUAUGGUACGACUAGAGAGUGGUGCUUUGUGCGAGCCGCCUCGGUUGUUGCAUCACUACGAUUGAUCGAACUGUCAACAGAAGAUCCACAAGCCCUGCAAACAUGCCUAGUAGUAGGGUCAGCGGCCAUCACAUUUCUUCCGCAGUGGGCGUCCGACGAAGCUCUGUUGCUGUGCCGCUAUACCCUCAACUUGAUUAAGAGUACCUACGAUAUAUGCCCGGUCAUGAAGCUGGACGUCCUGCCAUUCUUCUUAGGCAUACACUUUACCGAAUUGUUGCAAUGCCUGAUUCACUGCGCUGCCCCGAGCUUACGCCUGAAGCUCGCAGCCGAAUACAAACACUAUGUAGACCGAUAUAUCGGGCUUUCUUGGCCCCUCUUGCAAUAUUUUUACGACUUGUGCGAGUUAAACAAUGCACUCUACCACUCGGAUUCAACCGACUUUGAUGAUAUCCAGCACGCAAUAACAAAGGUCCUACAGCAAAUACAAUCAUGGCAGCCUGACCCGCCGUGCAAUUUCUUAUCCCAGUUUACCGCCGCUGAGAUAAUACACUUAACGACUCAGGCCCAAGUAUUUCGCUUGCAGCUCCUUCUUAUUACGCAUCGCAUCCGCUAUCCAUUUGGGACAGAAGAUCAUCCAGCACAUAUCUUAGCUUGCGAGAUUCUUCAGCAGUUGGAAUUCGCCCAGCAAUCCACCGGCUUAGCGGUAAAUUGUACUGACUUCAUUGUCGUUGCUGCUUGCUUCGAAAUGAAUAGCCAAGACGACAGAGCCAGAUCUCUUCGCCGAAUUGACGACCUCGUCAAGAUGACUAGCGAAUAUCGGCGGAAUGUCAAGACGCUUUUAAAAACAUUCUGGAAGUCUAAAGAUGCUUCGGAGGUGAUAUCAUGGUGUAAUCUAGCUGAACAUAUUCCGGGAAUUUCUCUCAAGUUUCGGUCAAGUGCCUUUUAG